AUGCCGGUUAACCGGAACCGUUGGAUCAAGAUCAUCUGUUUCCACAUUGUCUUGUUCUUUCUUACGACCGCAACAGAAGCACGUUCCAACCCGAGGGUUCAACACGCUUACUACUCUUAUCCUCACCGUUCAUGCGAAUCUUUUUCACGUCCAUACGCACGUUCUAUGUGCAUUGAGCUCGAAAGAAUCCACAGAAGCAGUAGACAACCACUUUUCUCUCCUCCGCCUCCGGAGAUUGACCAAAGUUACGGCGUCGACAAAAGACUAGUCCCCUCCGGUCCAAACCCACUUCACAACUGA